AUGUACGGCGUUUACAUCAUAGUUCCGGUCUUGAUUCUCGUGUCUCAAGCAUUGGCAUCGACAGUAGAGACACACCUCACUACUGCUGGACCAAGCCUGUUAGCCAUUCGACGAGGCCAUCUUCGGCACCACAAGAACGCCCCCCUGAAUGCGAGAGGGGAAGCACGUUACAAGAGGGACGACGGCGACAAUCUCAUUGGAUACUUCAUUGAGGACGGCGAAAUUGGUGAGUACCGAUGCCAAAACACCGAUCUCUGGCUGGGGGACACGAGCGUUCCCGGACGCAGAAGCACAUAUGCCCAUUGCUCAGGCAGAAGUGCUAUCCCUGGCGAUUCGCCACCCAUUGGAACAACCUGCUCGGGCAACACUGUCUUCUGGGCGAACAUGGAUGGAAGGACGCUAGCUGGCAGUAGCUCCCGGUAUUGUGGGAAGUACUCAUGCAUCACUGUGACAGUGUACGACUCUUACGACGACGGCUCCGGGUCAGGGCCUCAGUACUGGAUCGACUGCGAGGAGAACCUUCGGCCCCCGCGAAACAUCAGAGAGUUUUACAGGACAAUGCCAGAGCCUACUGCUGAAACAUCCGCAGAAUCGAUAUCAUCCACCACAGAGCUCAGCGCCGCUGGUGCAACAGAUAGGUCACUCCCACCCAGCACGGCAUCGGAAAUUGCGUCUGGAACUGGCUUGCAAGCCCCUUCUGAAACCGCCUCGAGAAGCACGACGGCCGCAACAGAAACUCCCAAGCCAACGAGUGACAAGGGCCUGGGCGGUGGUGCUAUCGCUGGCAUCGCUCUAGGAUCAUUCUUUGGAGGUGUUCUCUUGACCAGUACCAUCGCCGUGCUCCUGAUGAGAAGGCAAGUCAGCACGGCAAUUCAGUCGGGAAACGGGAUGGAGACCGUGGGCGGCUCCCAAAUGGAACUAGUGGACCAUAGGGGGUAG